AUGUGUGCGCUGGUGUUUGAUGAGGUCGGAGCUCUGGGAGAAGGCCUUGCUGCAGACCUCACAUUUAUAAGGCUUCUCACCAGUAUGGAUGCGCUGGUGCUGGAUCAGGGUGGAGCCUCGCCCAAAGCUCUUCCCGCAGAUGCCACAGAUGUUAGGCCGAGGGCCCUGCCCGCCCCUGGCCCGGCCACCCCUACGGCCUGGACCCCGAAGGGUUCCUGUCAGAUUCAGGGGAUUCUGGAGCAUCUCAAACUGGGGUGUUGCCAGCAGGGCCCCUCCCCGUUCCCAGGCACACUCUUAGGAGACGCAGUCCCUCCCUCACCUUUGAGAGACCCCUCCGGGCUCCCCACUUCGUCAGGACUUCGCCCAUCCCGGGGCUCCAGGCCCCACGGCGACGCCUCCCGCUCCAUCCCCGCCAGCUCCCAGUGCAGCGGCGGAGGUGAUGGCGGGCGAUCCGGCGAUGCGGCGACCCGGCUUAAGUGUCCGCAGACCCGAGCCCUCCCACUCGCCUGCUCAGUGCCGCCCAGGAGACCUGGCGGCCUGGCUCGGGCCCCGAAGGCCGGACGUCUUGACCCUGGGCUUCGCCGGCCCCUCCCCUCCGCGCGGCCCCGCCCCCCUCCCAAGGUCUCCGAUGGUCCGGUGGCCCUCGCCGCCCCACGCGUGGUAGCCUUGGGGAUGAAGGGCUCGUCGCCUCGCCCGGCCGCCCCCAGCCACCGCCCCCAGCCCGAGACCCCGCCGUGUAGCCCCCCAGCCCCGGGCUGGGCUGCUGCUCUCCGACCCCCUCCCCCCGCACAGGAAGUGUCCGUCCGAGGCCAGGUCCCCCCGCUGGCUAGCGCCGCGGCCUCUCUAGGAGCGGCUGGAGGUGGAAACUCGUUGGCAUUAACCCUGGACUGGAUCGCCCAGGCCUCGGGGUGGGGGAGCCCCGACCCCCCGGAGCGGGCGGGAGGAGCUGGAGCCGCGUAUGCCUGCAGCCUGGGUCUCGGUCCGCCCAGCCACCUGCCCGCAGAGCUCUCGGAGCCAGUGCCCGGCAGUGUAUGUGGCCAAGGGCGAGGCGACAAGCGAGACCAAGGUCAGCGAGAAGGAGCGACGCUUCCCGGCGCCAGCGGGGGAGGCGUCUAGUUCGUCUCCCAGCCUCCAGGCAAGCAAGAUUGCUUGUAGGUGAAGGUGACACUGAAGAGUUCCAAAAGGGAACCGAGCAGAGAACAUCGGGUCUU